UUUGGCCUUUUUUCUUUUAAUUCUUAAAUGGUAAAUGUACCAUUGUGGAAUGAAAUUUCAACUUCAAAAGUUUACCCUUUUAUUAACUAGAGUAAAUGGAUAAUUGCAACGUCUUUAGUUGUAGCCAUCAGUAGUAAAGAAUUUGAAAUUAGGCUGCAUAAGCAAGCCUUUGCAGGGCCAAUAUUGAAUUUCAUGCCAGUUGACACUGGUUGCUAUAAAAGAAAAACAAUCUUCCCUUAAUAGAAGCUUUUUGUAUUUUGACAGUGCCAGCUCAGUAUGGCUAUAAUGCUGCUCUGCCUUCUACAGCUUGCUGCACCACUCUGUAGUUACUCUAUAACUAUACGUUUCUAUCUUUUUUGGUUAAACACUCCCUGAAGAUGAAAAAGAUUAUGAUAUACAUGCAUCCAUAUUAUACACAUUGAUAUAUGUGUAAAGAUUUCCCUUCAUCUUGAUUUUGCCGGCUGGGCAAAAUUUUGUGUAACAUACUUCAUGAUACUUUGGUAUAAGAGUAAGUUCACUACUUUUAUAAUGAAUCCAAAUCUAAAGGCUUUUGUAGUGUAUUUUAAAAGGGAAAACUUACCCAAAUGUUUUAUUUCUACACAUUUGUGUGUAUGUGUGUGUGUGUAUGUGUGUAUAAGCCAGUUAGUAUAUAUGUAUAUUAUGUACAUAAAACACUAUAUUUUUACAUACAAGUGUGCUUUUAUUAUACAGAUAAUAAAGAUGGGGGAAGGUUUCUGUUUUUUUCUUAAUAGGUGAAGAAAUCUUGAAGACCAGAAAUUGGAUCUUAUUGAAUUUUGGUGUUCUUUUUAUUUUUCUCUUUCUUUUUUUCUUUUUAAAUUAUAUUGUUCGACUAUGGAAGAUGGAUUUUU